GAGACUAAUCAGAUAUCAGAAUCCCCAGUGCGCCUACGCCAACCACUCCGAAUUUCCCGACAAGAUCGCAUCUCUGUGUCACCAAGACAUGCUCAAAUGAUAUUUGAUAAACCCCAUAGAUUGGAAUGCGCAUGGCGUUGAAAUCUUCUCAGUUCUAUAAGAUUCACCCCUUCAACGAAUUGCAGGCUAAGGCUAUUCGCGGGAGGUCCACCGCCGAAAAAAUGGUGAAGCUCGACGGCGUGAACGAGGAGUUGCAGAUGAUUCUCGAUGCUAACAUGGACGAUGUGGGCGCCAGGAGGCGUGCCCGCGAGGCCUUCAAGGAUAUUCAGCUCUCCAUCGAUCACAUCCUGUUCAAGACACCUUAUGAUAAAUUAAAGAUCACUGAGUCAUAUGAAGUGAAUUCACGAGGUCUAGAGAUUUUUACCAAAAAUUGGCUUCCAGAAAGCGGUUCCCCAAAAGCCAUAAUUUGUUACUGUCAUGGUUACGGGGAUACAUGCACAUUUUUCUUUGAAGGACUUGCUAGAAAGUUAGCCUCCGCUGGGUAUGGAGUGUUUGCUAUGGAUUACCCGGGAUUCGGUCUAUCCGAGGGCUUGCAUGGCUAUGCUCCAAACUUUGACGAUUUAGUUCAGGAUGUUAUAGAGCAUUACUCCAAAGUGAAAGAAGAUCCAAAAUUUCAACCAUUGCCGAGAUUUCUAUUUGGUCAAUCAAUGGGGGGCGCAGUGGCACUGAAGGUGCAUCUUAAACAACCUGAUUCUUGGACUGGUGCUGUCCUAGUUGCACCCAUGUGCAAGAUAGCAGAUGAUAUGGUCCCUCCAAAGAUAGUGACUCGAAUUCUUACUGGAGUGGCAAAAGUACUUCCGAAACACAAGCUUGUUCCACAAAAGGAUAUGGCUGAGUUGGCAUUUCGCGAUGUAGCUAAGAGAAAGCUGGCGGCGUACAAUGUUAUUGCGUACAAGCACAAGCCACGCCUAGGAACUGCAUUGGAGUUGCUGAGGGUAUCCACAGAGAUAGAGAAGGAGCUGGACAAGGUGUGUCUUCCAUUGUUGAUCUUGCAUGGGGAGGAAGACAGAGUUACUGAUCCGUCGGUGAGCAAGGCGUUGUACGAGAAGGCUGCUAGCCCGGACAAGAAACUCAACCUCUACCAAGCCGCCUAUCACUCCCUCUUAGAGGGGGAGCCCGACGAUAUGAUUUCCAGGGUAUUCACUGACAUCAUUUCUUGGCUUGACGAUCACACUACAACUGCUUCAUCUUCUUCUUCUUCUUCUUCUUAGAGUUCUUAGUUUAGUUUUGUUAGCAUCUUAGAGGAACAUGGACGUGGUAUAUCAAUAUGUAUCUGUGUAUGUAAGCAUGUAUCUGAGACUUAACUUAUUAUUAUUCAUAUUGUUAUUGUUAUUA